CAGUUGACCACCUAUCCAUCUGUAAACCGCUACCCAAAGGUUCUUGACGCCCUCUUUCCUAAUGCCGCAGCUGCCAUGCAAAAUAUAUUAAAGUUUGCGUCUGAUUCUUUAGAAGAGCGUGCUAAUGAAAAGGUGACUGGUAGACGGGACUUCACACAACUCAUGUUGGAAGCCAUCAAUUCUACAAAUGGAAAUGAUCGCCUAACUUCAGAAGAAGGCCAUGUCACAUCCGUUAUGUUGGUUAUAACCGGUACCGUAACCACAAGCACUAUGCUAACAUUCAUUACCUAUGUUGUGAGCAAGCAUCCAGAUGUGAAGGAAAAGCUAUUCAAAGAGCUGAUCAAUGCAAUGCCGGAAAAGGAUACAACUAUCAGCUACAAGCAUGCUCGCAAAGAUUGCCUCCCUUACCUAUGGGCCAUAAUUAUGGAAGUCAGUCGAAUGUAUCCAGCUAUUCCUGGCGGCUUACCUAGAUUGACGCCUGAUGGAGGCGACAUCAUUGCAGGUCAAUUCAUUCCAGGGGGAACCGUUGUGGAUGUGCCUAUUUGGUCUAUCCAUUACGAUGCCAGAGUGUUUAAGGAUCCUUUCGAGUUUAAGCCAGAAAGAUGGUUAGGCGAGGAUGUUGAAAAUUUGAUGAAAUACAAUGUGGUGUUUUCGGCUGGUCCCCGCAUGUGCGCUGGUAAAAACCUGGCUAUGAUGGAGAUGACUCUAGCACUUGCUCAUCUCUAUCGGCGAUAUGGCGUUUCCUUGGUGGAGCCGGAGGAAGAUAUGGAGAUAACUCAGCAGUUCGGACUCUUACCCGCUUCUAGGCAGAUGAAUGUGUACAUCAAGAGCAGGGAUCAUUGAGAUGGACUAAGAAAGUUUCUGCUUGCGAGUGAUGUGAACGACCGCCACAGCUACAGAC